UUGUCCCGUAGCUUCUACACACUCACUUUACUCCAACUUUCUACCAAUAAGCUUACGCCAUCGUCAAUGGCUGAAGUAGACAACUCAAAAUCUCCAUCUUUAUCUGAGCAAUAUUUACUGAAAAUGAAAGAAGAGAAAUCCACCACAGUGGCUAAUCCAGUGGAAGAAAUUGAGGUUAAGACCUCUUCAACUGCUCCAUCUGAGGAAGAUACUCCAAAAACUGAGGAAACCCCAGCGGUUGAGAGUAGUGAAGCUGUGCCUCCCACAUAUGAAGAAAGCAGUGGAGCCUCUGACUCAACAGCACCAGAAAUCAAUGAAGCCUCUCCUCCUGUAGAGGCUGACAGUGAAGAAAGUACUGAAGAUGAUACUUCUGAGAAUGAGAAUCAAGAAUCCGCAGAUGAGACCCCCGAGAUUAAGCUUGAGACUGCGCCUGCUGACUUCCGCUUCCCUACUACAAAUCAGACAAGGCACUGCUUCACAAGAUAUAUUGAAUAUCAUCGAUGCAUAGCUGCAAAGGGUGAAGGUGCUCCUGAAUGUGACAAGUUUGCCAAGUAUUACCGAUCCCUUUGCCCUGGUGAAUGGAUUGAUAGAUGGAAUGAGCAGAGGGAGAAUGGCACCUUUCCAGGACCACUGUAAACUGCACAUUUUGGUUCCAACUCUACUGCAUCUGAACUUUCAAAUGAAUAGGGAGAGUUCUCUGUGAGCAAAUUGUGACCAAUAAUGCUUUGCCUUUCUAAUGGAUUUAGUGUAAGCUUAUAAUGAGUGAAUUGUUUAGGAUCCUUACUUGUGAUAACUUAGAAUACAAAUAUCUCUACUCAACUCUUAUACUUGUUAAUCAUCCAUCCAGUAGAACCUGUGACACUUCAAAUAUUCUGUUAGAGAAUCAGCAUCAAUAAAUCCUUCUGUUUUUU